GGUGGAUCCGGCGCACUCCCCUCCCCCGAGCGCCGGCGGCGGGCGCUGAAUGAGAGACGCCGGACUGCUCUCGGCCGGGCGAGCGCUGCCUCGGAGCUGCGGGCGAAGCGGAGGCGACGGCCGCGGCUGCACAGGAAUAAUGUAUUUGUGGCCUUGGACAUGAAGUAAUCAGACUUCUGUUGCUGUUAAUCUAGGCUCAGGGACUGAUGAGGGAAGCAUGGACCUAAUGAACGGGCAGGCCAGCAGUGUCAACGUUGCAGCCACUCUUUCCGAGAAAAGUAGCAGCUCUGAGUCGUUAAGCGAGAAGGGUUCUGAAUUGAAGAAGAGCUUUGAUGCUGUGGUAUUUGAUGUUCUUAAGGUUACACCAGAAGAAUACGCGGGUCAGAUAACACUAAUGGAUGUUCCAGUGUUUAAGGCUAUUCAGCCAGAUGAGCUUUCAAGUUGUGGAUGGAAUAAAAAAGAAAAAUACAGUUCUGCACCAAAUGCAGUUGCUUUUACAAGAAGAUUUAAUCAUGUAAGCUUUUGGGUUGUUAGAGAGAUUCUCCAUGCUCAAACAUUGAAAAUAAGAGCAGAAGUUUUGAGCCACUAUAUUAAAACUGCUAAGAAACUAUAUGAACUUAAUAACCUUCAUGCACUUAUGGCCGUGGUUUCCGGCUUACAGAGUGCGCCGAUUUUCAGACUGACUAAGACGUGGGCGUUAUUAAGUCGAAAAGACAAAACUACCUUUGAAAAAUUAGAAUAUGUAAUGAGUAAAGAAGAUAACUACAAAAGACUCAGAGACUAUAUAAGUAGCUUAAAGAUGACGCCUUGCAUUCCCUACUUAGGUAUCUAUUUGUCAGACCUGACGUACAUUGACUCGGCAUACCCGUCCACUGGCAGCAUUCUAGAAAAUGAGCAAAGAUCAAAUUUGAUGAAUAACAUUCUUCGAAUAAUUUCUGAUUUACAGCAGUCCUGUGAAUAUGAUAUUCCCAUGUUGCCUCAUGUCCAAAAAUAUCUAAACUCCGUUCAGUAUAUAGAGGAACUGCAGAAGUUUGUGGAAGACGAUAAUUACAAGCUCUCGUUAAAAAUAGAACCGGGGGCAAGUACACCACGCUCAGCUGCUUCCAGGGAAGACCUAGCAGGUCCUGACGUAGGCGCCUCGCCACAGUGUGGGAGGAAGAGCAGCGCAGCCGAGGGAGCCUUACUGCCACAGACGCCCCCAUCCCCUCGGAACCUCAUUCCACAUGGACACAGGAAGUGCCAUAGCUUGGGUUACAAUUUCAUUCAUAAGAUGAACACAGCAGAGUUUAAGAGCGCGACCUUCCCAAAUGCCGGGCCACGUCACCUGUUGGACGAUAGCGUCAUGGAGCCACAUGCGCCAUCACGAGGCCAAGCUGAGAGCUCCACACUUUCCAGUGGAAUAUCCAUAGGGAGUAGUGAUGGUUCUGAGCUAAGUGAGGAGACCUCGUGGCCAGCUUUUGAAAGGAACAGAUUAUACCAUUCUCUCGGCCCGGUGACAAGAGUGCCACGAAAUGGCUAUCGAAGCCACACGAAGGCCAGCAGCUCUGCAGAGUCAGAAGACUUGGCAGUGCACUUGUACCCAGGAGCUGUUACUAUUCAAGGAGUUCUCAGGAGGAAAACUCUGCUAAAGGAAGGCAAAAAACCCACAGUAGCAUCUUGGACAAAGUAUUGGGCAGCCUUGUGUGGAACACAGCUUUUUUACUAUGCUGCCAAGUCUCUGAAGGCGACAGAAAGAAAGCAUUUCAAAUCAACGUCAAAUAAGAAUGUGUCUGUGGUGGGGUGGAUGGUGAUGAUGGCUGACGAUCCAGAGCAUCCAGACCUCUUUCUGCUGACUGACUCUGAGAAAGGAAAUUCAUACAAGUUUCAAGCCGGCAGCAGGAUGAAUGCAAUGCUAUGGUUUAAACACUUGAGCGCGGCCUGCCAGAGUAACAAGCAACAGGUUCCUACAAACUUGAUGACUUUUGAGUAAAAGCCUGAGAAAGAAGAGGUGUGCCAUUGUUCCCGUGUGGAGCAAGGACCUGCGGAGAGCCCCAGCCGCACUCUCCCGUGCCAGGGAGAGCCCCCGGGCUCCAGCCCAGCCUCCGGAGCUCGGAACCAAAAGCACUAAUUUCAGGGAAUGAAGUGAGAUAUUCCCAGAGAACAAAUUGGAAUUGCAAAACAAACUGCCAUGAACUAUGCUUCUCCUCUCGGGACCUGUGGAAACCACUGCCUUAACAGAGUGAGAGGAGAGCCAACACCAAAUAGUGUGUGUGAGUCUUCUGGCGGUGCUGUGCUUGGAAUAAAUUGUAGCUAAUUUGCAUUUCUUUUAACUUUGUACUAAUUUUGGAGGGGAAACCAUCUUUUUUAGAUACACUUUAAAAAGGAAAAACCUUUCUUACGGAUUCCAUCAGGAGCUGUGUUAGGUGCAGCAAGCUGUCCCUGGGGGAGCAGGCGACAGAGCACCCCACGGUCUGCUUAGCCUCC